CGAAAUAACCCCAUUGUCCACUGUGGAAGAAACGUGACCGAGACUGUCAAGGGAUUACCCAGGAUUCUUGUGGAAUAACUUAUAACGUCCCAGCUGCACGUGCGAGGAAGAUGAGUUUGUGUCCCCGGGCCAUCCAUCAUUGACGCUACACGGAGCUGCACUUAGCGGAAGGAGAGGGGAAUUCUGGGAUGCCACGGGAUCACAAGUUCUGAUUCUUCUUAAUGAUUAGCCCUCAGCCUUUAUCUCAGUUGAGGAUAUGGAUGCCAUGGCUAGUAGACACAAGGGUAUCCUUUCUGUGGACCACCAGCUCAGAGAUCAUGGCGACUGCAAUACCAAGCAGAAGCCGGGCGGGAAAGCCUCUUAGUGACACCACCUCCGACUUAUACAAUAAAGAUUUCUCUUCCUGUCACGACAUUGGAUGUCUCUGUCACGAUUUUAGCUCUCUCAUUGACCGAUAUUGACUGAACUUGUUCAAAAAUGACCUCUGCUCCAGAAUGAUUGGAGGUCGGCAGUUGUCUUCAACGUGUGAUCGAGUAUCCUUAUUUUUCAAUUGUGCUUGAGUAACAAUACGUGUAUUUUUUCAACAUUUCGCUUCCAAUUCUUUCCGGACAAUUGAGAUGUGCUGUGCUCAGAGUGUAUUCUUGUUUCAGUAUUUAGCAGUUCAGCAAUGACUUUUAUAUUGUAGUAGUUAUCGGUAAUACUAACUGCUUCAAUUACGAAUUAAUUAGUACUUUCAAGGAACGCUGCAAUAAUAAUAUUGUUAUAGAAAAAACAACAACCCUGUUUUAAUAUGAAGACUACGUAACAGAUUCAGACCCCAUGCCACGAUCUCCGACACGCGUGAGUGUCAAGAAAAAUGCACCGGGGUCGACAAAAACCGUGAGACUGACCCCCCAGACAAAGAGUCGUUUUCUGUAGCAAGAGGCGUGAUAUAUCUCCCCGCCAGCACAGCAGCCCGUCACCUCCAUGAGCUGGCUCAGGCGGUUGCGGGCUCGCCAUGUUCGUUUCUCAUGCCAAAGUUCGCAUCGUGGGUCUGGGCGGUCGCUCCAAGCGGCGACGUCCACACCGGAGGCGUCUAGCCGUCAAGGAGGUGGUUCGCAUGCCUUGUCUACUGCCUACUGUGCUCACCGUCUUCCUGGGAUUGCUCGCUGUGGCGGGCGGAGCCGGCAUGUCAGUCAUCGGCUUCGUUCCCACCAGAGACUCCGCCCAGAACAAUGUAACAGACAUAGCAGUACCGCCUGGGGAAGGGCAGGGCGUGGUGGACGCGAAAAGUGGAGGACCAAGCGCACAGGUGUCAGCUGUAGGGAUGGACCAGUCAGCCUUGAGCGAGGCCAAUGCGCAGCGCGAGAGAUCUUUUUACCUGCUCAAGAUCUGCGCGUACGUCGGUCCUGUCAUCAUGGCAGUGGGGAUGUUCGCUAUGAUCGUGGCUUGUGUCUUCUACUGCGAAAUCCUGGACAAGUACGCCAUAUUGGUGCCUGAGCGGAAGUCCGGUCUGUAUGACAAGGAGGAGCUGUACCAGGUGAUCGUAGGUGAGAUGAAGAAGUCCUACGCCCAGACGCUCAUCACCGCCUACACCAAGGCUGCAGAGCGGAGCCUUCUUGCGGCAGACACACAGAGCGUGAGUGACAACUUCCUGCCCGACUUCCCCAUCAAACCCGAGCCACUAACCAUUGAGCAGCAGAUUGAUAUCGAGUGCGAGGGUUACGCACCCUCCCCUCCAGUCCCCAACAAACGUUAUAGCGUCAUCCAGGCAAGGAUACAGAGACUGAGGAGUGAGGACCAUUGGUUGAAAACCUCCUCCCUUCCCAACAUUCGCCGGUCAGAUCGGAUCAACAGCAUCAAGCGUGCGGGUCGCGCUAUCGUCAAGUCCAAGGGGAGUUCACUCAGCUGUGACUACACUAUGGACGAAGCUAGACUAAGGCGGAAGUCUAUGAUGCUUCGCUCCAUCGUGCAGUGGAAUUCAAGUUCUUCCGGAGACCUCAACGGUCAAAGGCAGCGACGGUUUUCUUCCGUGAAGGCGUUGCCUUCCGAGCAAAAUACGGAUAACUGGGACGCCGUGUCUCAUGCAGGGUUCGCCGGUUCCUACCCCAUGACUCGACUCAUUCAGCGCCGCGGGACUUUCGCCUGCGGGGAUAUGAGAACUAGGAGAAUGAAGUUCCUCUUGUUACUUCAAGCCUCAGAGAGCAAGGAUCUCUUUUCCGACACUGUUUCGAUCGACGGUCGUGUUUCGGUGCCCGGAAUACGACGUAACUCAUUCAUACCGUACACAACUUGCGAUCGGUUUAUUUCCGGGGAGGAGAAGAAGACGAUGAGAGACAGCAGACGGUCGUCGGUGAAUCCAUUUAUGUUCGGACAACGGUUCGCUACCGAACCCAAAGCCGGCACUCGCAGGCAUUCGUUCUUCCCGAUCCGACGUGACGAUAAGAUCUACGUGGUCGACCCCAACGAGCAGCGGAGACAUUCCUUCAACCCAAUAUGUGUCAACAACACUCUAAAACCUGAGUUUGCAGCAAAAUUAGACGGUCGACGAGGGUCUUUCAAUCCAGACGCACGUCGAGGUUCUUUCAAUCCGGAUUCGCGGAGAGGGUCCUACAAUCCUGAUAGUCGUCGGAGUUCAUUCAAUCCGGACAGCAGGAGGAGUUCAUAUAUCCCUGAUUCUCGCAGAGGUUCCUUCAAUCCGGACAGUCGGCGCGGUUCCUACAUCCCAGAUGGCCGACGUGGGUCGUACGAUCCGGACUGCAUGCCAGACCGGGCCGCAGACGGGAAUAGAGCCCACGAGGUCCCGCCACAGAACUCUUUCUUCCUUCAGGUCCCCGGGUUCGAACAUGAGUUCCAGAUGGAGCGACACCCGCCUGCAGACAACGAAGACUUCCCAACUUCCCAAACGGGACUAACAGUGCCUGAUCCUGGUUUCCUGUCCCCAGUGGCAAAAUCUGGGCCGCCGAUCGGCACUGCAGACAGCCGGAGAGUAGAACGUCGCCACUCCCACAACCCGGGACUCAAACCUGCACCCCCCAACGACGGCAGCGGUGGGGGAGGCACAGGUGCGUUUAAAAUUCCCAAAAUAACGAUAAACGCCGUGACGACUAACAACAGGUAUCUUGGUGUCCCUACCCAGGAGUAUUAUCCAGAGGAGAGGCGGCACACUUUUAACGCCAUGACCAUGACUAGGCCUCAAAUAAACAUAUCUCCAGCCGGAACCGUUUGCGUCAAAUCACAGGAGAAACCCGCGGCUGCCCAAAGGAUUUCAUUCCUCCUGGAUCCUAAUGACAGCUCAUCCCCGCCCCAGCAAGCACCCUCCGCUCCAGGUGGCGCCACCAGCUCCCCCUCACCCAGCCGGACGCGACUGACCGCCGGCUCGGCUUCCCCCCACACCACACCCUCCCCUCCCAGCAACGCUACCUCGUCCCCUGAGCCUGUGCGCCCGUCCAGCUUCAAGCAGGAGAUGGUCGUGUUCAAACCUCUGCCUUACCCAACAGACUCCCGCAGCGCUAGCCCCUCCAGCAACGUCUCCAACUGUGGGAGUGAGAACGUCUGGAGUGACCGCUCCCUUAGAGCCUCUUCCCCGGGCCUGGCUUCCGUCUCGUCUGACCGCUCGGGGAAAACGGCGCGAACUGCGUCGCCAGUUUCUGUGAUAGCCGCUGAUGUCACCAGUUCUUACGGGACGUUUGACGUCACGACGCCGCCUAGCGCUUGGGAGAGGAGGGGGGAGAAACAGACAAAAUCUCCGCGCUCACAACAGAAGGCGAGCACGCUACAAACUCUACAGGUCUCCUCUGCGUCAACGAAGUGUGCGGUGCAGCUAAAUCCACGGCAGGAGAAAGCUGCAGAGAGAGGUAGCCCUGUGUUAGUACGGAGGUCUUCAUCUUUUAAAGAGAGAAGCGAACCGCAUGGAAAAGCCUCUCAUAGCAGGCACAAGGCACGCCACCGCCCCCACCAGCAGCCCCCUGUCCAUCGCCGGCCGGCCCGCACAAUGGAAACCGAGAUGACCGACUCGCCGGCCAGUGUUAGCUCAGGUCAAGCCAGUGUGAGUUCUGGGCCAGCCAGUAUAAGCUCAGGGCCAGCUACGCUCUCCCCCUCCGUCAACACCGACGCCAACGCGGCCAUACAGAGAAGUCGCUCCACUUCCGCACUGGGGUUCCACCCCGACACACCCACCCCACCUCUGGGCCACGCCUCUUCGCCAUCUGGCCCCGCCCUCACUGUCAGCUAUGCAACAAACCCACAUGGAGGAGGCUCCUCCCUCUCCCCCCUCGCUGCCCAUGGGCCCUCUCAGGCCACGCCCUCUUCCGUAGCUCCGCCCACACGUGAUAUUGACGUUGAGGAGGGGGGCGGCAGACCAAAGGAACACACGCCACAUGAUGAUCGUGACCAGGACCCGGCUUCCUGAUGACACUCAAACGACGGUGUUUGUCUAUUAAGUCUUCUGGCCAUGGGGGUUGUGUGUACGUCUACCAGCCUAAUGGGCUCCGUGAGUUCACCUUUAACGCCAUUCCCAUGGCUUCUACAACGGGAACACACCCGCCCCCUUUUCACCCACGCUUCCUUCAUAUUUCUUUCCAAACAAAAAUGGGAAAUUUGAGGAAAUAACGUGUUCCUCUUUAAACCCAGUUGCAGACUCGUGUGACGUCAUGACGCUGGUCGCUGACGUCACAGGUCAGAAAGAAGAGCAGGUGUCAGGAGAAAAUGAAGGCGGGGGUUGGAAUGGAGAUAACAGUGGUAAUUAUAGCAAACCAAGUCAAAAUGGACAAAAAAAUUGACACGUGACCAUUUCUCCUGACAAUUAGCGGACAGAGGGAAAAAACGACUUUUUAAUUUCUUUUUAAUUAUUCUUUUAUAUGGUUCUUGAUAUCAAAUCGUAAAUAUCCGCGUCAUAAAAUUCAAUUAUCAAGUUCCAUAUUAUGAUGAUGAUGAUAAGGAAAACGAUAAAAAAAAGAGAACGACGUUAGUUUUUUGUUUGUUUUGAUUUGUUUUUUUAAAUUCAUAGGAGCUAAAUCUCCAAGAAUCUGUGUUAUAACAGUCCCUAUCGGUUGCAAACAAACGAUGCAGUCUA